ACACAAGGCAGGCGGAUUAUUCAUUCCAAUCUGUUGACUUUGGACUUCAACCCACCCUUUCCAUUAAAUCUCCGCCUGCUUUGACUGUUUGAUCCAUAAUUUCUCGUUUUUCAACUUCAGAUUUUGUUCUUCUUUCUGGGUUUGCAGUCGAUCAACAUACUAAUUCCAACUCCGAUCAACUACGGUGAUUUCUUGAUCUUCCGAUUAUCUUGGAUAAAAAAUGGUGAACUCCAUGGUGGGAAGAGCCACAAGCGAGAUGCUUAUAGGUCCUGAUUGGGCGAUGAACAUUGAGAUCUGUGAUAUCUGUAACCAUGAUCCUGUGCAAGCAAAAGAUGUUGUUAAAGGCAUAAAAAAGCGUCUUGGAAGCAAGAAUCCAAAAGUGCAACUUCUUGCAUUAACACUAUUGGAGACGAUUGUGAAGAAUUGCGGGGAUUUUGUUCAUAUGCAUGUAGCGGAGAGAGCUGUGCUUAAUGACAUGGUGAAAAUAGUGAAAAAAAAGCCCGAUUUUCAUGUAAAAGAGAAAAUAUUAGUUCUAAUAGAUACAUGGCAAGAAGCUUUUGGCGGGGCAAGGGCGAGAUAUCCCCAAUACUAUGCUGCAUACCAUGAAUUAUUGCGUUUAGGGGCGGUAUUUCCACAGAAAUCCGAGAGAUCAGCACCUGUUUUUACACCCCCACAAACACAGCCUCUAACGUCCUAUCCACACAAUCUGCGUAUUCCAGAAAAUGGGAACGAAACCACCGAGACUUCUGCAGAUGCCGAAUUUCCAGUCUUGAGCUUGACAGAAAUUCAGAAUGCUCGUGGUAUCAUGGAUGUUCUUGCCGAAAUGCUGACUGCAGUUGAUCCCGAAAAGAAAGAGGGUCUCCGGCAAGAGGUUAUCGUGGACUUGGUGGAGCAGUGUCGUACAUACAAGCGAAGAGUCGUGCACCUGGUUAACUCGACUUCGGAUGAAUCGUUAUUAUGUCAAGGAUUAGCUCUGAAUGACGAUUUGGCACGAGUCUUGGCCAAACACGAAGCACUUCUUACUGGAACUCCUGCUCCAUCUGAAAAAUCGAAACCCGAAACUAGUCAAGCAUUAGUACCCGUUGAUGCUCCUCUUAUUGAUGCAGGAGAUACCAAACAACCGAGAUCCGCCACUGGUGGUGGUGCAGAGGCGGAUUUGCUGUCUCUUGCUCCUAUUACAACUAAUGGACCUCCGGCAACUCCAGCAAAGGUCGAACCCAAGUUUGACCUUUUGAGCGGUGAUGACUUUAACUCACCGACUGCCGGAAAUAGCCUAGCGAUUGUACCGGCGGGUGAAGCUCAGCCUGCUACGCCUGUAUCUCAGCACAAUGCGUUAGCCCUUGUGGACAUGUUUUCACAAAGUAACAAUGUGCAAAACGUUUCUUCUUCACCUCAAAUCCAACAGCCUCAAAAUGUGCCGCCUGCAUUUUAUCCAAAUGGAAAUGGUGUUCAACCACAGCCGGAGCCAUGGUCCUCGUACAAUCAAGGGUCUAAUCCGGCAUGGAAUGGCCAUAUGGCUCAACAGCAGCAGCAGCAGCCGCCUUCACCAGGUUUCGGUGGUCCAACUAGCGGUGGACUGCCGCCACCACCGUGGGAAGCUCAGCCUUCUGCCGACAAUGGCACACAGUCGUCUCAACCUUAUGGAGGGAACAUGAACAUGCAACAGCAGCAGCAAGUCGCAGGCAGCUAUCUCCCGCCAAUGAACAACCAGCCGCCGCCAGUCUAUACCCAUCAAAUUCCUCAACAACAAUUCCAAUUCCAAUUCCAAGGAGGUAUGCAGCAAACUCAACCUGGCCAAAUGGGUUACAUGUAUCCUCAACAAAUGGCUCAGCAAAUGUACAGUAACCAAAUGGGACAAGCUUAUGGUGGUGGCUAUGGCGGCUAUGGUGGCGGUGGCAGUGGCUAUGGUUAUGGGUACGGUCAGCAACAAAACGCGCAAUAUACAGAUCAGAGAAUGGUGGGGAUGUCGGUGAGCAGCGUUUACAGUGGUCCAUCGAUGGCGAAUGCAUCUUAUGUUCAUAAGCCAAAGGCUUCAAAGGCAGAAGACAAGCUAUUUGGAGAUUUGGUUGAUUUUGGCAAAGUGAAGCCCAAGAGCUGAGAUUAUAUGUAUGGAGUUGAUAUGUGUUUGAUUUAUAAAUUGGUUUUAAUUUUAGUAUUUUGUUUGAAAUAAUUGGUGUCAUAUAUUCUUCUUUCUGCAUAUUUCAACGUAUGAUUUGAUCUGAUUUUAAUGUAAAUAGUUGUGCAUACAACAACCUUUUCCUAUGUAUUAUCAAAUUGAAUUUUAGAAAGCCAUAACUUUUGAUC